AUGGCAACAGGUGGACCGAGCGCUGCCGGUGCUGGCGCCGCCGCUGCCGCUCCCAAGGACUCGUGGCCGGAGUUGGUGGGCAUGUCGUCGGAGGAGGCGAAGAAGAAGAUCAAGGAGGACAAGCCGGGCGUCGACGUGCAGGUCGUCCCCGCCGACGCCUUCGUCACCAUGGACUACAACACCGGCCGAGUCAGGGUCUUCGUCGACUCCAACGACAAGGUUGCCAGAGCUCCCCGGAUCGGCUAG